AUAUUAAAAAUGGUUACUCCUACUUUCAAAGACCCAGAAAUCGUCAGAAAAGGUGCUUUUGUCAAUGGUGAAUGGUUGACUCAAGGUCCAAAUCAAUUCAAUGUGACAGAUCCUGCCACUUUAAAAGUCAUUGCAACUUUACCAGAUCAAGAUGUUUCAAUUGUGGAUACUGCAAUUGAUGCUGCUUAUGAAGCCUUCAAGACUUAUAAACAUACCACUCCAAGACAAAGAGCCACUUGGUUAAGAAAUCUAUACAAUUUAAUGACUGAAUAUAAUGAAGAUUUAGGUAAAUUAGUCACUUGGGAAAAUGGUAAGGCUUUACCAGAAGCUAAAGGUGAAGUCAAAUAUGGUGCUUCAUAUUUUGAAUGGUAUGCCGAAGAGGCCCCAAGAAUUUAUGGUCAUACAAUUCAACCAGGUAAUCCAACAAAUAGAGCUUUCACAUUAAGACAACCAGUUGGUGUUUGUGGUAUUAUUACCCCAUGGAACUUCCCAAGUGCAAUGAUUACUAGAAAAGCAGGUGCUGCAUUAGCUGCUGGAUGUACUGUUGUUAUUAAACCAGAUUCUCAAACUCCAUUAUCUGCUUUAGCAUUAGCUUAUCUUGCAGAAAAAGCUGGGUUCCCUAAAGGUGUUUUCAAUGUUGUAUUAUCAGAUACUCAAACACCAGAAUUUGGGUUAAAACUAUGUGAAUCUUCAAAAGUUAAAAAAAUCUCAUUUACAGGUUCAACAAAUGUUGGUAAAAUCUUGAUGAAACAAAGUGCAUCAACUUUGAAAAAAUUAUCAUUUGAAUUGGGUGGUAAUGCUCCAGUUAUCGUUUUCAAAGAUGCUGAUUUGGAUAAUGCAGUGGAACAAGCUGUUGCUUCAAAAUUCAGAGGAUUAGGACAAACUUGUGUUUGUGCAAAUAGAAUAUAUGUUGAAAAAGAUAUCUUGCAAAAAUUUGGUGCUAAAUUUGCAGAAAAAGUUUCUAAUUUUAAAAUUGGUCAUGGAUUAAAUGAAGAAACUACACAUGGUUGUUUAAUCAAUUCCAAGGCAUUGAAUAAAGUGGAGGAACAUGUUCAAGAUGCUAUUGAUAAAGGUGCCAAGAUCUUAUUGAAAGGUGGUCGUCGUGAAGAUUUAGGUGAGAAUUUCUAUGAACCAACAGUUUUAACAAAUGUUGAUCAAAGUAUGAAAGUUGCAUCUGAGGAAACUUUUGGACCAUUAGGAGCUUUGAUCCCAUUUGAAAACGCUAAGCAAGUUGUUGAAUGGGCCAAUGAUGUUAAUGUUGGGCUUGCAGCCUAUGUUUUCUCCAAGGAUAUUAAUACUAUUUACAGUGUGAGUGAGGCUUUGGAGAGUGGUAUGGUUUCAUGUAAUACUGGUCUUUUCACAGACUGUUCCAUUCCAUUUGGAGGAGUUAAAGAGUCUGGUUUUGGUAGAGAGGGUUCCUUGUAUGGGAUUGAGGACUACACUGUGAUCAAGACGGUCAACAUAGGAACAAUCCAAACAUUAUAGAUUUUAUAAUUUUAAUAGAAGUUUUUAAUUGAAUUUUUUGUAGUUGAAAUUUUGCCCUAAAAAACCGUUGCUGGAGAAAUCUG